AUGAAGACCUCUAAUGCGCUCUUCGCAAGCCUAUCUUCCACUAUCACCGAGAUAACUCGCUUGUCUGGCAUUGCUGGAGUCUCGGUCGGUGUCAUUGACAACGGCCAAAUCAUCCACCAGGCGUCAUAUGGCUUUUGCGAUGUCGAGAGCCAGAGCGCCUGCGACAGCGAAAGCACCUUCGUCCUUGGUUCUUUGUCAAAAUCCUUUACUUCUAUUCUACUCGCUUAUUUGGUUGAGGACGGUCGCCUAGGCUGGGACGACCCUCUGUGUAAAAUCUUACCCGACUUCCAGAGAGACUCUCAUGACCUGAGCCGCCACACUACCAUCGCCGACCUUUUAUCUCAUCACAGUGGCUUGUCCGCCUUCGACGCCCUCUGGUUAGGAUCAAACAAUGUACCUCUUCUAAAGCAUGACGAUGCCGUCGACAUCUUGAGCUACGUGCCACAAGGAGGUUCAUUCCGCAAUUCUUUUAUAUACAACAACUUUGCCUACGAAGUACUCGGCCACGUCAUUGAGAAGGUCUCGGGCUCAUCAUACUCUUCGUUCCUCCGAGAAAAGCUUCUCGAGCCGUUGGGUAUGAAGCGAACAUAUUACACCGAUGCAGAGGGCAUGGAGAAUGAAGCCAAGCCCUACGCCGCCCUCAAAAACGCAUCAGUCGUUCAAAUCCCUCCGGCUCUAAAGGGGAAGGAUGUUUUGAUGGGCCCUGCGGGCGGUGUUCGAAGCUGUAUUGACGACCUUCUUAAUUUCUAUGAUGCCUUGAUGGUGUCCGCUGCAGAGCAGCUGGAGAUCAGAGCGACUGCAAGGACCUCACAUCAGCGCCAAAGGCCCUCGCUGCCUGGACUUGCAGCUAUGUGGACAGGGUGGAAUAUUCUACCAAUGCCUCUAGUUCGAGAACACUCUUAUGGGUAUGGCUGGCUAAGAUCCCAGUUACCGUCUGUUCUUGCUCCCUCACGUGGCAAUCCGGAACUUAGCCCUUUGAUUGGAAUCGGUACCGGGUCUCGCCUUGCCAUCUGGCACAGUGGCGACAUCCCAGGAUAUCAGACCCAUGCAACUCUGUUCCCUGAGACGAACCAGGCAGUAGUUGUCUUGACAAACUCUAUGACCCUAAAUGCCGGCUCAAGGUACAUUAGCGAUCUUCUCAUAGAAGCACUUUUUGACAACUUGGACAAUGCGCACGAUUAUGUAAAGCUGGCCAGAAUUUCUGCAACCUUGGGGAGCACAAGAAUGGAUGCUAUUCACAAAAGAUUGAUUGAAGGAUGUACGCGAUCCAAACCUAUCAAACCCCUCGAUGCGUACAUCGGAAAGUAUUACAACGCAGCAAAGAACUUCUUCAUCGACAUCUUAGAGGCUGAGGACGAUGUACUUUAUGUUUCAUUCAUGGGGAGGAAAGACUACACCUUCAAACUGGAGCCAUACCAGGAUGACAGCUUCUUCUGGUUUCUAGGCCACGAUGAGGCUGCAAGACUUGCCCGCUACGAUGGAUACGGAGAAGAAUUCUACAUGGUAAGAUUUGGCAAUGCAGGCGACAAAGAUGGCCCCCUCAAUACCCUGUGGUGGAAGCACGAGGUGUCCCUCGGCGGAUAUGGUGAAGCAUUCAAACGUCAGAAACAGGGAGAGGCAGAGGCUGAUGAAGAUAUCACGGAGCUCUAG